CAGUCAGUGGGCAGACACGAAGGUGCAAUGACUUGGAUCGGAGUGCUCAUCGUUGGCCUCACAGCACUUGCUGUCCAGGGCGAAGUGGCGAUAGUGACGAGGGCCGAGUGGAACGCCAAACCGCCGAACGGAACCAUAGACAGCAUGGAAACUCCCAUGCCCCGGGCUGUGAUUGCCCAUACAGCCGGAGGGAGCUGUGCGGAUGAUGUCACAUGCGCCCAGCAGAUGCGAAAUCUGCAGAACUUCCAAAUGUCCAAGCAGAAGUUCUCGGACAUUGGCUACCACUAUCUGAUCGGCGGAAAUGGCAAGGUAUAUGAGGGCAGAAGUCCAAGCCAGAGAGGUGCCUUUGCUGGUCCCAAUAACGAUGGUUCCCUGGGCAUCGCGUUCAUUGGCAACUUUGAGGAGCGGGCGCCCAGCCAAGUGGCCCUGGAUGCCGCCAAGGAGCUGCUGGAGCAGGCGGUCAAACAGGCGCUGUUGGUGGAGGGCUACAAACUACUGGGCCAUUGCCAGGUCAUUGCUACCAGGAGUCCUGGCGAAGCACUGUACACUCUGCUGCAGCAGUGGCCCAAUUGGUCCAAAGAAAUGUGAAAUAUAGAGUGCAUGGCAUAAGGUUUCGACACGUAAAGACCACUCCUUACACAUUUAUUUGUAAAUAUAAUUAUGUAUAAUUUGUUUUUUUUUUGCUUAAAUACGAAUACUAAAAUUUUAAUUUUGUUGAUCUGUUUCCGAUGUACUUCUUCGACUUCGCACAUUUUUGUCAGCUGCCGCCUUUUAUUUUUGUUUCCAGACCCGUUUCAUAAGCAGGCCGCUCCCCAGGAGCAGUGCACUGGGCCACAAUAGAGAUUUGAGACAUCACAUAGCAUCGUUCACCGAACCGGAACUUCCGCAAGAAACUAAGCUAACUAUACAGAACCCUAGAUGAAGCACGGAACGCAGAUGGAACGAACGUGAACGUAAUCAUAAAUGCUGCCGUUUCCAUAGGCUUCUCCUUGCCACCCGCCAGUUCGACUCGACAAUUCAUCAAAAUAUUUACACAGACGUGGGAAACCCAAGAAUUAAUAUUUCCACGAAAGAACUUCGUAAACUUGUCUCUACCGAGCGAACAAACCUGAUAC